AUGGAUUCCGACGCGAUCCCUCUUAUCGAUAUCGCCCCACUUGUCGAGAGGAUUGAUGAUCCAAAUAUGGCCAAUGACAAGGAUUUACUACAAGUUGUCCAAAUGUUGGAUGGUGCUUGCAAGAACGCUGGGUUCUUUUAUGUGAAAGGCCAUGGGAUCUGUGAUUUGUUGAUGAGGGAAGUUAGGGACGUGGCAAAGCAAAUCUUUCAGCUUCCUUAUGAGGAAAAAAUGAAGAUUAAGAUGACGCCUGAUAGUGGAUAUAGAGGAUAUCAAAGACUAGGUCAGCAUAUCACCUCAGGAAAACGCGAUAUGCACGAAGCAAUUAAUUACUUGGCUCCAGUUAUACCUGGUAAAUAUGGUGAUCUUGGUAAAAUACUUGAAGGAUCUAACGUGUGGCCUGAAUAUCUCUCGAAUUCUAAGUUAAUUCUGGAAAACUAUAGCAGCCUCCUUAAAGAUCUUUCGAGGAAGAUCAUGCGGGGUAUAGCAUUAGCAUUGGGAGGGCCAGUUGAUGCAUUCGAAGGGACAGUAGCAGGAGACCCUUAUUGUCCAAUGAGGUUGAUUAGCUAUCCUGUCUCAACCGAUGUUCCAGAAGAGAAACGCACUGAAACUGGAAUGGGAGCUCACACUGAUUACGGGCUUCUGGCACUAGUUAACCAGGCUGAUGAUAUAUGUGCCCUUGAGGUUCAAAACCACUCUGGUCUACUCGAAUGGGAUUUAUAA